AUGUCUGUAAGAUGUUUGUUAAUAUUAUAUACUACUCUAGUUAGAUCAAUUGUAGAGUAUGGAUCUGUGGUAUGGUCUCCAAGGACCAAAUGUUAUAUUAUUCGAAUUGAACGUGUUCAGCAUCGUUUCUUAAGCAUGGUUUCUCGAUCUAUGGGCAUUAAUCAUGAACCCCAUGACUAUAAACCCGUCUUAAUAGCACUCAAUAUAUCCACCCUAAGCGAAAGAAGAAAUAUGAGUGAUAUUAAACUUUUAAAUGGUUUAGUCUCUGGUGUAAUUAACUCACCAGACUUGUUAUCUAGAAUAGGUUUUCGCAUUCCAGGUACAACCCGUUCUCGUGACCCCUACUACCUUGCUUCAGUGUCAAAAAAUUAUUUGAAUGAUGAUCCUUUAAGGAGAGCUAUGUCUUUGGUUAAUAGUCAAAGUGGUUAA